GUGGGUUUGGUAGGUUUGGUAAGUUUUGUAGGUUUUGAAGUUUUUGUAUAACUGCAAUCCUCAUUUCACACAACCGAUUUUAGCUCGCAAAAAAUGUAAACACACGAACACAGACAAACAAACAAAUGGAACUGGAGGACUUCAACAUCUACUACAUCAAUAACUGGAUUUUGAUCCCUGCUGCUUGCAUCAUUUUAUUCCUGUCAUUUCUAGAGCGUCGAAAAUACCGGCCUGAUGUUUGUGGGGGUCGGCCAGGUAUAAUAAUACCCCUCCCCUUCCUAGACGGCUAUGAGAACCGCUCCGCCUACGCCGUGGCUUUUGGUGCCAUCACCAACACAUUCGUCUCCCUGGUGAAGUCACAGAACACGCUGGGCUUCAAUACGCCGCUCUGGGGCAGGGCUCUGUAUGUUUACUUGCAAGCGUUUAUCGGCUGUCUGACCUGCUUCCCGCUGUUUGCUUGCCUGUCCACAAGAUACAGGGCUGUUGGUGCUGUCAUAUGUGUCUUUUACUCCAUUACUUGGUUUGUCCUGAAUGUUCUACAGACUGUCAAAGUUGUUCAAGAAAGUGCCAACUCAACUCUCUGGGGUUUAACGCCGUUCGAUUCCUUGACCUUGAACUUGUCCAAGGCCAAUGCCAUCCUGCAGGGUCUGCCCAGCCUGUUCUGCUACGUGGUGCUCAUCGGCUACUGCUGCUUCAUCUUCUACAGGUGUCUCAAGAGCAGGACCUUCUUUGACAGGCACCGGCUGGGCAUGGCUAAACCUCACCAAGAAGAGCACGUGCGAUGGGUACUGCGCAAGUCCAAGGAGAAAUCACACACGACCCAGAAAACUUUUACUGACCGCAUGCAUGAGAACAAGCGACUUCGACUCUUCACCAACUUGCCGUUCUUCAAGUACCCCACCAAGAUAUUCGCCAUAGCCUUCGUACAGAUUAACAUCAUUUACUGGAUCGGGAUGCUGCUAAUCUCUGGCACCAUACGCCUGGUCUACGAGGUCGUCACGGCCAAUCAAAGCAUCACAUCUAAUGAGAAUACUCAGGUAGCCAUCAUCUCAGUUUGUGCUGCCGUCUCGGCUGUAGUCGCCAUUGUAAGCUCCGUCGUCCACAUUUUCAUGGCCACUCGCAACUACAGGUACCACAUGCUUAAGCUUUACCAAGGCCAGAAAGAUUUUGUGUUUCAAGCAAAUCAAUCAUCUCAGUUGCUACUGACAAACAGUAUGAUCUACCCUGGGUACCAAGUAGGGUUCAUGGUGUGGGGUUGUGUACUUAGUUUCAUAUUCGUGCUACUGGCCUCGCUAGCCAUCACUGAGCCCAUUGUACUGCUCAACCAGUUUGGAAUGCUCGGGGACGUGGCCCUACAGAUAGCCCAGCUCCUGAGCUUCCCGGCCACAAUGCUGUUGUUGUUUUAUCUGCAAGUUUUCAUCAGCAAACGUGUAUUGUUACAAGAGAAGGUCUGGCCAGGUGAUCGAGAUCCACCACUCAACGUUGACAACAGAAAGCUGUACGAACUGAUCAACUACUACUCGGUGUUCACCAACAUGGCCGUCGGUUUGUUUACCUGCCUGAUGAGGAUCUUCUUGAGCGCGUUCUUCGGUGUGUUCUCCGUGGGUCGUCUGGACAAGAGUGUCUUCACACGAGACAUGGAGUCGUUUGAUAGAGGUUACAAAGCGUACCUGGCCAUGCUGAUGGUGGACAACGCCCACAACAACCCCACCAUGAGGGUGUUCGCCCACCUGCUGUGGACCCGGGCCCUGGCCGCCAGGUUUAGCCUGGGUCGGCCGGGGGGCAGCUUCUGUGAUUCGGCGCCCCUCACACCCAGGGUGUCCUCGGGACUGAAAGAUCUCGAGGGCUCUGUCACUGAGGUCUGCGGCUCUCCCAGUUCCUCAGAGAACCCGUGGACAUUCUGUGGGGAGUCAGUGUCUCGCGGUGCCUCCAGUAAAGCUGUCCUCCGCUGGCAGAUAGCCUACACCCUCACUCGGAACCCCCAGCUCCGCAAACUCCGGAAACAUGCCCUCGGGGUCAGCUCGUCGGGGGAGGCCCAGCAUUGUGAGGGUGGGGGCGAGAAACUGCCAUGACACCCCAGAACUACGACAGAUCACGUGACUCCCCGUACAGUUUGCUGUGGGUGACAGACCAACCAACUGCUGUGUUUGACUAGAGAACUAUUUUGAUCGAAGUACUUUAGUGCAGGACUAUUGAGAUACAACAUACUACAUCCCUUUAUUUUUCAGUUUUAAAAUAAGCCCAGUGUUACAUUGAUGCAACUUCCAUCCUUUUUCUUUUACGUCUAACGCUGUCGUAAGGUAAUCCUUGGCGACAUAACGGGUUCUUUUUUUUAUAACGUUUAAAUCCGCCUUAUUGCUGUAUGUCAACACCUUAUUGCUGAAUGUCCACACAUGUCACAACUUAUUGCUGAAUGUCACCACCUUAUUGCUGAAUGUCACCAAAUGUCACCACCUAAUUGCAUAAUGUCACCACCUUAUUGCUGAAUGUCACCACCUUAUUGCUGAAUGUCACCACCUUAUUGCUGAAUGUCACAACUUAUUGCUGCAUGUCACAACUUAUUGCUGCAUGUCACCAAAUGUCACCAACUUAUUGCUGAAUGUCACCACCUUAUUGCUGAAUGUCACAAGUUAUUGCUGCAUGUCACAACUUAUUGCUGCAUGUCACAACUUAUUGCUGCAUGUCACCAAAUGUCACCACCUUAUUGCUGAAUGUCAGCACGAUACUGCUGAAUGUCACAUCUUAUUGCUAAAUGUCACCACCUUGCUGUUAAAGGACAACGUAAAACAGGGUCCUAUGUUUGGGUUGGUGCUCAUGUCCUGCUAUAGGACCCAACUGCUGCAGAGGACAAAUUUGGUCCUGUAACGCAGUAGUAUGGAGCGUUGAAGAUUGUGGACGUGUACAUGAAAGUGGUCCGUUAGUAGAGCGUUGUAUUCCCGUUGUCAACAUCUUGACCGUCUACAGCUAGACAAGUUCCGAACAUCUUGUGGGAAGUUGAGGACAGCAUCUACUUGGUUCUCUCUUCAAUUAUUUGUGUUUUUUAUUUUGUUAAUUGUGUAAAUAAAAAUAAAAUGUUACUGAU